ACAAUUGGUAGCAAAGUUCAAGGAUUCUCAAGAGCACACUUCUCAAAGAGAAAGAAAGAGGGAAUAGCACUCAGGAACCUGGGUUUGAAAGACUGAAAUGGUUGGAUAAUUUUUGUACUCCAUUAAAAAGAAAUGCAUAUUGAAUGCUGACAGGGUUGGCCAUUUAAUUUGAAGGGCUAUUGAAACAUUAUUCCAGAUUGAAUACAAGUGAAGAACAUGGCAGAAAGCAAGGCCAGCAUCAGCUCAAAAGGAGGGGCCAAUGUGCUUGCUAAACAGGUGCAGAAAAAAUUCAGCCGGGCACAGGAGAAGGUUUUGCAGAGACUUGGCAAAUCUGAGGAGACCAAAGAUGAGCACUUUGAGCAGUGUGUGAUGAACCUCCAAUUUCAACAGAGCGACGGAUACAGAAUAUACAAGGACCUUAAAGCGUACCUCAACGCUGUCACAGUAAUGAAGGAUGCUUCAGGUCGACUGUUUCAGUCCUUGUUUGAUGCCUAUGACGAUAAAUGGGAUGGUGUAGAAGAUCUUGGGGAAGUUGUGGAGGGAGAAGAGCUUCUGUGGAAAGAUUAUGAGUCCAAGCUGCAUGAUCAGGCAUUAAUCACUAUGGAGUCUUACAUGAGCCAGUUUCCAGAUGUCAGGGAAAGAGUGGCCAAGCGAAACAGGAAACUCGUAGACUAUGAUUCUGCUCGUCAUCACCUGACAGGGAUGCAGAAUGCUAAAAAGAAGGAUGAUAUCAAAAUUGGAAAGGCAGAGGACGAGAUGAAUGCAGCCAAGGUGAUAUUUGAGGACAUGAACAGGGAGCUGAAGAUGGAACUGCCUAUUCUAUCUGACACUCGUAUUGGUUGCUAUGUCACAGUCUUCCAAGCCAUUUGCAACCUCAGAGACAUCUUCUACAAGGAAAUUACCAAGAACAACGAGGUUCUACAGACUGUGAUGAAAGAGCUGAGCAUCCAACAUCCAGACAAGAGCUUUGUCGUGAAGAAUUUGAACCGCUCAGGUUCCUUGAAAAGAAGGUCCUUUAGAGACACGUUGUCUCCCAGAUCACUUAAAAGCUUUUAUGAUAUGCACAAGGGUUACAGCCCCAGGGACUCUCUCAGGAGAGGCAACUCAUCCAGUUUUAGGUCUGACAGACCAGCAUAUGGGUCAUACAGCCCCAGCCCUCUACCCCUUUAUGAGAACGUCUCUGGUGCAAAAGGCGGCCCUAUAAGAUUAGACGAUACAGAGGACGAGCCACAGGUGGAUGACACCAGCACCUCUGAAGAUAAACCAGUGUUAGAAGACAAGAAAGCCGAAAAGAAAGAGUCCUCGCAAGCCUCAAGUCAAGAUGGACGGGGGGAUACGCCAAAUGAGGAGGAGUCUUCUGAGGAGGACAGUGAUGAGAGCAACUCGAGUCCCGCCGAAUGCUCCAAGAUCAAAGAUCAAAAAUCAUCUGAGAAGGUGGAGAAUGAUGGGCCUUCUGGUGUGGAGAAUGGAAUAGCUCGUGACCCUAAAUCAGAUGUGAAAGAAACUGAUGCUUCAAGCUAUGCUGUAAACAAGGGUGACCAUCCGUCAGGAGAGGUGAAGGAAGGAACGAAAACAGAAGCCCCUAAAUAGCAGACAAAAGAAAAGACGCGUUGUUUGUUGGAAAUACACUGGAAUUGGACAGCAAAUUCACAACAUAAGAGAGGAUUUCCAAAUGCUGUACUGACUUGGAUAAAAAAAAAAAUUCCAUCCCUGAUCUUUUGAGAUAUGUUUUUUCAGAGAAAUGUUUAAAUUCUGGGUUUUAAUUCAAGUACAGUUUCUUUUAGAAUAUAAUAACUUUCCUGUUUUGUCUUUUAUCCUUCACAUGUGGUGUUCCUUCUUAUGGAUUUUAAUGUUUUUAGAUAUAGCUAUUACUCUUUAUAUGACAUCCAUUUAUCUAAUCGACAAAUGAUCACAGGAAACAAUGGAAAUGUUUAUAAUGUACUACUUGACAAUCAACCCAAAACUAUUACUAAAAAUUAACUUACCACUC